UUUUCUCACUAUUCACUCUGUCUCCAAUUAAGUAUUGCAGAAGCAAAAAAUGGAGCCAUUAUUUUCUUCAGCAGCAGCAAUAUGUGUGGUGACUGUGUUGGUAGCUGUGAUUCCCAUAUGGGCACUGAAGAUGCUGAACUCGCUGUGGCUUAGGCCAAAGAGGUUUGAAAGGCUUCUUAGAGCGCAAGGUUUUCAUGGUGACCCAUACUCACUUUCUCAUCACAACUCCAACCAAACCCUUUUGCAACAACACCAGCUCAAUUCCCAACCUUUUCCUCUAUCCGAUGAUGUUGCUCCUCGUGUAUCCUCCUUGUUACAUCACACUAUCGACAAAUAUGGCAAGAAAUCCUUCUUUUGGGAAGGUAGAACACCAAAGGUGAUCAUUACGGACCCAAAUCAACUCAAAGAAGUCUUCAACAACAUUCAUGACUUCCAGAAGCCAAAGUUUAGUGGCAAUGUCAAGUUCUUGUUCGCUGGCCUGUUAAAUUAUGAGGGUGACAAGUGGGCUAAACAUCGAAGAAUUAUGAACCCAGCAUUUCACUCAGAAAAAUUGAAAAAUAUGCUACCAGCAUUUUCUCAAAGCUGCCAUGAUAUGAUUAGCAUGUGGAAGGGAAUGUUGUCAUCAGAUGGAAAAUGUGAGAUUGACAUUUGGCCUUUCCUUCAGAAUUUAACUCGUGAUGUAAUUUCUCAAACAGCAUUUGGAAGCAGCUAUGCAGAAGGAGAAAAAAAUUUUCGAAAUCUGAGAAUGCAGGGGUAUCUUUUAAUGGCAGGAAAGUACAAGAACAUACCAAUAUUGCGGCAUCUACGUACAACUACCACCAAGAGGAUGGAAGCAAUUGAAAGAGAGAUACGAGAUUCAAUUGAGGGUAUCAUAAAAAAACGAGAGAAAGCCAUGGAGAAUGGUGAAACCUCUAAUGAAGAUUUAUUAAGCAUACUUUUGGAAUCAAAUCACAAGGAAAUCCAGGGACAUGGAAACAGUAGGGCUGUUGGAAUGACCAAGCAAGAAGUAAUUGAGGAAUGCAAGCUAUUUUACCUGGCAGGGCAAGAGACCACUUCAUCUCUGCUGGUUUGGACAAUGGUCUUAUUGGCUAGGUAUCCAGAAUGGCAAGCACGAGCAAGGGACGAAGUUUUUCAAGUUUUUGGAAACCAAAAUCCAAACAUUGAUGGGUUAAGUAAGCUUAAAAUUGUGACCAUGAUUUUAUACGAGGUUCUCAGGCUAUAUCCUCCAACAACUUUCUUUAGUCGCGCACCUCAAAAGGAUGUGAAACUUGGAAAUCUAUCACUACCUGCAGGAAUACGCAUUACCAUGCCAAUAUUAUUUAUUCAUCAUGAUGGUGAUAUCUGGGGUGAUGAUGCAAAGGAGUUCAAACCUGAAAGGUUUUCUGAAGGAAUUGCUAAGGCAACAAAAGGCCAAAUUUCGUUUUAUCCAUUUGGAUGGGGUCCUAGAAUAUGCAUUGGCCAAAACUUUGCCUUAAUGGAAGCAAAGAUAGUGUUAUCAUUGCUUCUGCAACAUUUCUCAUUUGAGCUUUCUCCGGUCUAUGAACAUGCUCCAACGGUUGUGCUUAGUUUGCAGCCAAAACGUGGGGCACACAUCGUUUUGCAUAAACUAUGAUAUGAUUCAUAUAUUGGAAUUAGUCAUCGGCUUGCGGGAUAAGGCUACGCAUAUCUCACUUGGUUUAGUGUGUUAUACAUUAUAUUUCCUUUAUAUAGUAUCAAUCAUGUACUUGUGUGUGGAAUGAAAACUAUCUUUAAUUAAGGAUCUUGCAAGUUGUAAUGCAGGUGUAUUUGAAUAUGUAGUAUAUGGUAUAUUGAAAACUAUCUUUUGAGUUUGGUCACUGGUUACGGAGGAAUAAAAGGGAAGGAUUUCUCUCCUCUC